AUAAUAUUUUGCAUUGCAGUUUGAAUUGAAAUUUGUUUUAUAUAUUGUGCUUAAGUUCGAUUCCAAUGCAGGAUGGAUGCAUUAGAUCAAAUUAAGCUUACGUAUAACUACGACCAUAGUUGUUAUUAUGACGAAAACAACAAGAUUCGCUUUGAUCCACCUGUUUACGAGCAACGCUACUUGAUCGUUCUUCGUUUGUUAGAGUUGGAAUUUUGGAAACAAAAUUUCAAAAAGAUUGUUGAAUUCGGAUGUGCGGAAAUGAAGUUUUUUACGCUGCUGAAAACCGUACCAGGAGUCAGACAGAUCUUGCAGGUUGACAUUGACGAAGAAUUACUAACGAAAUGGAAUCAUAGCGUUCGACCACUAUUUAUGGAAUACAUUCAGCGAAGACUAACCGAGCUUUCCGUUGAAGUAUGGCGUGGGAGUAUUUCCGCUUUCCACGAAUGUCUCAAAGAUACGGACGUUGUGAUAGGCAUCGAAAUUAUUGAGCAUCUUUUCCCUGAAGUUCUGGAAGGGGUUCCGCACAACGUAUUUGGCUGUAUCCGUCCAAAGGUAGCAAUGUUCAGUACCCCAAAUUCCGAGUACAAUGUGCACUUUGAUGGUUUGCUUGAAAACGGGUUCCGACAUGAAGAUCACAAAUUUGAGUGGACUCGAGCCCAGUUUAGGGAGUGGUGCGAACAUAUCUGCCAGCGGUAUCCGGAUUAUACGGUAAAGUACUUCGGUAUUGGUCCUCCGCCAAAGAACUCUGCAGAUGUCGGAUAUGUGAGUCAGCUGGCAGUGUUCGUGAGAAAAGAUUUUUUGCAAACAUUAGUUGCUGCGACCGUUGAGCAGCAUGCCAACGAAAAUGAAGAGCACACAGUUGCCAACGGAAAUGAAGAGAACGCAGUUGCCAGUGGAAAUGAAGAGCACGCAGUUGCCAAUAGAAAUGAAGGAAACGCAGCUGCCAGUGUUCCGGAAUCCGCAGAGGGGUCGAUUAAUGAGGAGGCUGAAAAGGUGCCAAAGAUGUAUUUCGAUGAAGAUGUUGGCGAAAUUGUUAUGGUAAGGGAAGAAAGUGAAGAAGCUGUCGAAGCUUCAGUGGAAGGAACAAAUGCACCAGUUUGUGCAAAUGAUUUUGAUGAUAAUGAUCUACUGCAUGAAGAGGCGGAUAUAAGUAGUGAUCAUGAUGAACCUAAUGGGAGAGAUAUUGAUUUCUAUAUCCCAAUCGAGCGAUCCCGUAAUGAUAGCGGAAAUUAUGACGACGAACCAUUGGAUCCUUCCAGCGACGAAUAUAAGCUUUUGUACACCGUUGAUUAUCCGGUGGUCGAGCCGGACAUUCGAAACCGAUCCCAGAAAUUGACCGAUGAUGCAAUGUAUCAGAUUCGAAAAUUAAGGUACAACAAUGAAGACCAGUUCUAUAACUAUGAAGAUCAUUUAUAUCGAAUACCAUUGCAAUUAGUGAUUGACUGUAUGAGUCUGACGACGAACAUAGAAGAACUAAAACCAAUUUUGGUUAAUGUAUUACUUCAAAUUUCCGAUGAUAACAUAAUUGUUCUGCAGGGAGAUGAGUCGGGUUCCGAAAGCGAAGAAGAUUUUGAAUAUGACCUCAAUGAAGGUUCUCCCCAUGGUGAGGAUAACGACCAUCCACAGGGACCAGUGAACGCCAAAAACGACGAAUCAAACAAAGAAGUCGCAUUUCAAAAUGACGUCGAACUGUGGGAUUAAUUUUUUUGUAAA